CGACCCUUGCGCCGCGAGCAAAAACAAGCCAACCCGCACCUUCCUCCUCUCGCUCCGUCUCACUCCAUCUCACCCGCCAUCGCACCGGCCUGCGCCUGCCCUGCGUCUUCCCGGCGUUUGCCCUGCACGGACCCCCAGCCAAGCGACAAGCCGGCAGCCAGCAGACCAGCAAUCCAACGAACCAGCAGCCAGCAAUCGGCUGCCAAGAAAGUCCUGUGCCCUCAUGCCAAGAACUUGCGGCCUGCGACGUGCCCCGCGAUGGUCGGUGGUCGGUAUCUGGCUGCUCUUGCUGCUUGUUGUUUCAGCGACGGCAGCAACGGCAAGCCAUUCCGAUCUCAAAUCAGAAAGCCAAGCACAGGAACAUUCUGCGCCGGAUGUCUCGCAGGCCGAGCAGGCUCCCUCGGCCUUUGAGAGGGCUCUCGUCAACCUGACCCUGGCGUUCUCCAGCGGCCACGCUUCAUAUGCCGACGCUCUCGACUCGUACGGCAGCGGGCAGAGCGACGUUAUCGAUGGAUUCUUUUCGUCGACGAGCGGACACAACAACAACUGGGCAGUUCUGGUUUGCACCUCUCGAUUCUGGUUCAACUACCGCCAUAUUGCCAACACGCUGUCGAUCUACCGGACGGUCAAGCGGCUCGGCAUCCCGGACUCCAACAUCAUUCUGAUGCUCUCGGACGACGUCGCAUGCAACCCGCGCAACCGGUUUCCGGGCACGGUCUACAACAACGCCGGGCGGAUGCUCGAUCUCUACGGCAGCAAUAUCGAGGUGGACUAUCGGGGCUACGAGGUCACCGUCGAGAACUUUAUCCGCCUGCUCACCGGGCGCCACGAUCCCUUCGUCCCGAGAUCCAAGCGACUGCUCACAAACGAUCGCAGCAACAUCCUGGUUUUCAUGACCGGCCACGGCGGCGACGAGUUCCUCAAGUUCCAGGACUCUGAGGAGAUCGGUGCCUACGACAUUGCCGAUGCCUUUGCACAGAUGUACGAGAAGCAGCGCUACCACGAGAUCCUGUUCAUGGUCGACACCUGCCAGGCCGCCACCCUCUACAAGCGCAUCUACUCGCCCAACAUUCUGGCGGCGGCCAGCUCGCUCAAGGGCGAGAGCUCGUACAGCCACCAUCUGGACAGCGAGAUCGGCGUGGCUGUUAUCGACCGCUUCACGUAUUUCAACCUCGAGACCCUCGAGCGUGUCAACCGCGGAGACCCAACCAGUAUCCGAUAUCUGUUCGACUCGUACAACCCAACGUAUAUGCUGUCCACCCCGGGUAUCCGCACCGACUUGUUCAACCGCGGGCUGCCGCAGACUCUCGUCACCGACUUUUUCGGCGGCGUGCAAAACAUUGAGCUGAGCAGCAGUCGUUAUACCCUGCUGUCGUCGCGCGCAGCCGCCGACUCGGCGUCAACCGAGCCACUGCCGAAGAUCGAGGAGCCUGCUCGGGCCCGCGCCGAUUCUGUCGAGCCGAUAGCGCUGUCGAAGGAGCGCAGGGUCGAGCCAGUGCCGAUGCACAGCCGCACGGCGACUUGGCUUUAUCUGGGUGCCCUUGCUGCUGUCGUUGGUGCAGCAUGCACCGUGUUUCAGAAUGUCUAGAUCUGGCGUCGCCUCGUAUGGCAUGAACAAACUGCACCGCCUGUGGAAGUGCACUGCACGGCGCAAAGCACAGCACCCCAUGCGGUUGUCCCAAACAGAAGCAGAGGAAGAAAGCCGAGCAGUGUUUGAUUAGCGGGGCCUGGUGCCAUGUCUUACAGUCGACCGCAUGCGCCCGCAGAGGAUGCUCAUCUGACUGGGGCUGCCAAUCGAGAUGCUCUUUGAGCAGCGCGCUCCAUACACGAUCUCGUUCCUCCCUUGCCAAGCGGAUUAAAUACG